CUCUUCCAUGUCUACUUCUUCCGAACUUCAUUAUUUUGUCAUAGCAAGUUGAUAGUUCGCAUAUCCAGUGUAUAUGCGAACUUUUUGAUACGAGUGCAAUAACCUUCGAUUAAUAUUGUGAUACAACUUCCAGGAUCUAUGGAAGUUGCCAGCAAAUCCGGGCAAAUUCCCUUCCCAGAAAAGAUGAUCGAAACGAAAUAUUGAUGUUCCGGCUCGUUUGGUGAGUAAUGAUCUUGAGAAGAGUGUCAGAUUCCUUGAUUACACAGUUAGCACUAGCUGUCAAAACAGGCUGCAGCACGUUUACAACAUGAUAUCCUAAUAUCCAUCCCCCACAUCAAAGACUCAUAUUGAAGCAUUUGCACGUAGUUUUCUCAACUAUAUCUCACCGGCUUUCGUAUUCAGCUCUGAGCAGUAGACGCAGCUGCUAAUCGCAGGAGCCAGCAUGGCUCAAGAUUCUCCACACUCUCCUGUUGAUGUUGUCGAUAUCGAUGAGGAGACAAUCUUUGGUGACGUAGACAGGCCCGGUGCAAAACCUCAUCUCAAAUCUCGCAUUCUUUACCUGUGGCCUUGGUUAAGCAUUAGUUCGCUUAUAGUCACAUGUGUGUUCUCCUCCAUGUUAUGGAUAAGCACACCUUCUGCUCAUCUUGCUAUAUACUCUCCAGCAAGUGUUGCUGUCGAGCCUGUUGUUAUAAAGUUCAAUGGGACCAUUGAUUUUCCCUCCAUCUAUCGUAUUAACGGUGGACCUCUCGAAGCUCCCGACUAUCAUGGCCCUCCUCCUCCAGAACUCGAUGCCGCUUGGGCCAGGAUUUCUGACGAUGUGCCACCAAUCCGGGUUACGAUUGAUGACCUACGCAAAGCUGGAGAAGUAGAUCUGCCAGCCAAGGUCAAGUAUCCACAGAGUAACGGUGGAGGUUUCAUGGCAUCGUUGGAAGUCAAUCACCAACUGCGUUGUCUGAACUUCCUUCGCAAAUCCUCUUGGCCCGACCACUACAAGUUGGAUCCCUGGUUCCAGCGGGAUUCCUCGGUAGUUCGAAUACAUCUGGAUGACUGCAUCGAACUGAUCAGGCAGUCUAUUAUGUGCGAUGCCGAGGUCGCAAUGAUCACUUGGGACUGGGUAAAGAACCACACGAAACCCUACCCUAAUUUCAACACUCGUCAUGCAUGCAGGAAAUUUGAGAACGUCAUGGACUGGGCUGUCCAACAUGCUGAUCGAUCCGAGGUUACUCGCAUGGAGGAUACGAUCGACCUCCCUUUCCCUCAUCAAUACAAUAUAUGAUGCGUCUU